GCUCGCUCGCUCUCUCGCUGGCUGGCUCGCGCAGCGGCGGCGGCGGCAGAGGUCGCGCACUGAUGCGGGUUAGACUGGCGGGGGGAGGAGGCGGAGGAGGGAAGGAAGCUGCAUGCAUGAAACCCACAGCCCCCUCGCACGCGCGCGCAGCAUCCCACGGUGGCGGCGGCUGCUACUCCUGACUCUUGCCAGCUGGAUGCCCUCUGUGGAUGAAAGAUGUAUCAUGGAAUGAACCCGAGCCAUGGAGAUGGAUUUCUAGAGCAGCAGCAGCAACCUCAGUCCCCCCAGAGACUCUUGGCUGUGAUCCUGUGGUUUCAGCUGGCGCUGUGCUUUGGCCCUGCGCAGCUCACGGGUGGGUUUGAUGACCUUCAUGUGUGUGCUGACCCCGGCGUCCCAGAGAAUGGCUUCAGGACCCCCAGCGGAGGGGUGUUCGUUGAAAGCUCUGUAACGCGAUUUCACUGCCAAGACGGCUUCAAGCUGAAGGGCUCUACAAAGAGACUGUGUGUGAAACAUAUUAACGGGACCCUAGGCUGGGUCCCAAGUGACAGACCCAUCUGUGUGCAAGAAGAUUGCCGUAUCCCCCAAAUUGAAGAUGCUGAAAUUCGUAACCAGACGUACAGACACGGAGAUAAGUUAGUCAUCACCUGUCAUGCGGGGUUCAAGAUCCGGUACCCAGACCUGUACAACUUGGCUUCUUUAUGUCGUGAUGACGGGACGUGGGAUAACCUGCCCAUCUGUCAAGGCUGUCUAAGGCCUCUGGCUUCUUCCAAUGGCUACGUGAACAUCUCUGAGUUCCAGACCUCCUUCCCUGUGGGGACUGUCAUUGCCUAUCGCUGCUUCCCCGGAUUUAAACUUGAGGGUUCUGAGUAUCUGGAGUGCUUACACAACCUUAUCUGGUCGUCCAGCCCACCCCGGUGCCUUGCUCUGGAAGCCCAAGUUUGUCCACUACCUCCAACGGUGAGUCACGGAGACUUCAUCUGCCACCCGCGGCCUUGCGAGCGCUACAACCACGGGACCGUGGUGGAGUUCUACUGUGACCCCGGCUACAGCCUCACCAGUGAUUACAAGUACAUCACGUGUCAGUACGGAGAGUGGUUCCCCUCCUACCAAGUCUACUGCAUCCGAUCAGAGCAAACAUGGCCCAGCACCCACGAAACCCUCCUGACCACGUGGAAGAUCGUGGCGUUCACAGCCACCAGCGUGCUGCUUGUGCUGCUCCUCGUCAUCCUGGCCAGGAUGUUCCAGACCAAGUUCAAGGCCCACUUUCCACCCAGGGGGCCUCCCAGGAGCUCCAGCAGCGACCCUGACUUCGUGGUGGUGGACGGAGUGCCCGUCAUGCUCCCGUCCUACGACGAGGCUGUGAGUGGCGGCUCCAGUGCCUUAGGCCCUGGGUACCUGGCCUCCAUGGGCCAGGGCUGCCCCUUACCUGUGGAUGACCAGAGCCCCCCAGCAUACCCUGGCUCCGGGGACACAGACCCGGGGGAAUCAGAAACCUGUGACAGCACCUCGGGCUCCUCUGAGCUGCUCCAGAGUCUAUAUUCACCUCCCGUGUGCCCAGCGAGCAGUAGCAUCCCCACCUCUGGCACCCCUGACGCGAUCGGGAGCUCGGCAGGGGAGGUGGCAUCCACCAGCCCAGGCAUCGACAUUGCAGAUGAGAUCCCUCUGAUGGAAGAAGAUCCCUAACUAGUGACAUCUGGUGAUUCUUCUGCCCCCUUUGGGGGAAAAGAAAAACCUUGAACCUUGGAGUGAGGCCACAAGAGGACAGAGCUUAGGGAAUGGGGGACAUUUCCUAAUUUAUCCACAUGGGAACUGUGAUUCACAUCAUACAUCUUGAACGUGACAGCGAAUCUGACAGACAGCAGUGGGGGUGCUUUGAAAUGAGACUCCAGGGUUUGCCGUGACCUGAUGGGAACAAAAGGCAAAGGGUCAUGCACCCCUGUGCCUCUCCCGGACCACGGUGUUGAAUGUGUCUCAAACUGCGGACCGUGAGGCAGUUCCGAACACAUCCUGUUGACUUCUGUUACGAGUGCUCCCUGCCCUCUGAAAGCAUGUCACAUUAUGUAAAUUCGCUUCUAAAAUCUGCUUUGAACUGUCUGGGGACUCCACAUUUGGACAGGUCGGCCCGUGUCGAAAGUCCGUGUUGAGCUGCCAGCCGAGGCACAGACAGGCUCGCAAGGAAAGGUGUGACAUUCGGACCAUCUUGCUUCUCGUGGACAACACCGCCCAAAGCAGGAUGUGGCCGUUCCAGUGAGGAAGGAAAGGAAAGGAAGGACAGACUCUCCUUUUUGGAAAUUUCUGCUACUGGUAGAGCUCCUGCGCUCUGUGCCGUCCUGGUGACGUAGCGAACCUGUUGGCAUUCAUGGUGUGGUGCUGGGUCCAUGGCUCGGGUCAGCACGUGGUCAGAAUGGGUUCAAAUGCAUCAUGUGGCGGAGAAAGUCACCGAGGUCGUGUUUGGUUUUGGCAUUUUACGAAAAUGCCACUCAGCCAUUGGUCUGGUCCACCUUUCAUGACGGUUGUCGUGAUGCCCCCUCUCAAAAGCUUAACCAUACUUGAUUUUUUUUCCAAAACGGAAAUUGGUUCUGUACACGUAUUCUGCCUCCCAGAGAAAGUAUGAAUUAAUGCCUUUUACCCCUCCUUAUUUUGUCCUGCAAAGUCCAGAGGCUGCCUCCCCACAAAAUGCCACUCCCCUCUUGCUUUCAGGUCCUUCAACCUUGCCUUCCUGCUAUCUUGCAUCCCUACUGUGAGGGUCCCAGAGCACCCCCCGGGUGUUGCGCCUAAGAGAUUGAGCAACUAGAAACGAACAGCCCCGAAUCCAGAGUAUCUCUUCAAAUACUGGGGCUGUGGGUUUGACUCCUUCCCUCCUCUGGGUUUUAGACAAAUACAAACAAAGCUCAAAUCCAUAAAAUUGCUGUGCUGACAGAGCUUUGAGGGCUGGAAGCUUGAUCGAAUCCUGUUUUGUUUUGUUUUGUUUAUUUGCUUUUCUCAGUACAGACUGAUUAAAAAUUAAAAAGAAAACGA